CCCACGGGGGAAAGUGUGUCCUGUGUCUUGUGGAAUGACUUGUUCCAUAUCACAGGCACCGAUAUCGUCCGUUCUCUCCAUUACCGAUUUCACGCUUUCGGUCGACCUAUUUGCAACAUGAAGAAAUUCGAAGAAGGGAUAUUCAGCGACUUGCGUAAUCUGAAACCAGGCACCGAUGCCUGCUUGGAGGACCCGAAAUCCGAAUUCUUAGAGAUGCUGUACAAAAACAAUUGCAUUCGGACGCAGAAAAAGCAAAAAGUGUUUUAUUGGUUUUCCGUUCCACAUGACCUUCUAUUUUUGGAUGCACUGGAGCGUGAUAUCAAGCGAGAGAAAGUCCAUGCUGACCCAACCAGCAUCGCUGUUGCUGAACCGGCCACCUCCCUCUCC